AUGUCACAAGCAAUGUUGUCACCCCUCAGAAUGAAUGCUUCAGAAUCUCUGUCGUCACAUAGCUCGCCCCGCUCGGCACCAAAAUCCUACAGCAGAUCAGACAUGUCUCGACAAGCAGCCUCAAGACUAGUUUACAUUUCCGAUUGGAAAUUGAACAAAGAGUCGGCCCGGGAUGAACCACGACUACGACGAUUAUUGGGCCAUCUCUCGGUCAAUGAACAAACGACCGAGUUUGUACAAUCACAAACACCGGCACCGGUAAUGGUGUCAUUGCAGCAAAAACAACACGAAAGCAAUGAACUCUCGGCCUAUCUCCAAUAUGUCCCUGUGCCUGUGCCCUCGUUCCGGGACUUCCAGGCCGCCAUUGAAAUCCAGAUCGCGACCAUGGUGCAGAUUACGGCGGCGAGUGCUGCUCGACUGAACUUUGUUGGGAAGAACAAUAACAACAACAACCGUGACAUGGAAGAUGAUAGUGACCACGACAGUUAUGAUGAUUACCAGAGUGAUGGAGAUACCGAUACCUCGUCAGCAGCUGGAAGUGAUGACAGCAGUGACAACAGCAGCUUUACGACGGAUGAUACCGAUGACAGCCUGGCCUCGUCAGAGUCAGACUGCGGCAACGUCAGCGGCAGCGACAGGCCUUUCAGAUCGUCGUGUUCAUGUUCCCGGAAGGGAGAGCUUAUUGGUGUCUGCGGAGAGCAAGACGAUGAGGACGACGAGACUGAGUCCCUAUGGGCUCUACGGCCUCUGACAAUUGCACCCCUCAUGCACAUCCAUCCACCACAAGCAAUCACAACCCGAUGUUGA